AUGUUAUCACCCUACCCGGUUUUCGUGCCAAUCCCGGUGCCGAUUCCCAUUCCCAUCCCUGUUUUCCCUCAAACGGGCCACAAAGGAGUCAUUCGAAGCCUUCAGGAGCACGAGCGUACGCCCGAUCCGGGUCACUCAGAGGAGCCCAACAAAAAAGUAAAGACCGAACGAUAUUACUAUUUGUGUGUGUUUGUGUUCCUCCAGACUCGAGAUGAGGAUCGUCAUGGCGACCAGUCUCCGCCCCCUGGCCAGACGCUGGACACGCCCUCAAGACUUCUGCUGAAGAUGAACAACAACACGCGUGUGUGUGAUUGGUGUAAACACCCGCGUCACACUAAAGAGUACCUGGACUUCGGUUCGGGCGAGGAGCGCCUGCAGUUCUGCAGCACCAAAUGCCUAAACCACUACAAGAUGGACGUGUUUUACCAGGAAGCUCGUGCCGCCCUCUCCGGCUCCGCCCACAAAGAUGAGGAGGACCGCCCCAAAACGGCUGUGGCAGAAAACCAGAAACUCCUCACCCCGGAGGCCUGGGACAGACCAGCGAAAACCCUCUCGCCCCGAAGCCCGCCGCAGCUGAGGAUUCAGACCAGCGUAUCGCCCUCUUCUACGGCUCGCCCGGCUCGUGUUACUCCGGAACAGCCACGCCCACCUCAGAUGCCCCUCCCCUUUGUGCGCCCACCCCUGCGAAGCCCCGCCUCUCACCCGCCCCGCCCCCUCAGCCCUAACCAGAGGGCUUCCUUUGCGCCGCCUCCUCUCCUCCAGCCUUUCCCCGCCCCUUACAUGCCCUUCCACCCGGCGUACCCGCCCCAUUUACCCCCGCCCUGGCCGCAGCCCAUGAUGUUAUCACCCUACCCGGUUUUCGUGCCAAUCCCGGUGCCGAUUCCCAUUCCCAUCCCUGUUUUCCCUCAAACGGGCCACAAAGGAGUCAUUCGAAGCCUUCAGGAGCACGAGCGUACGCCCGAUCCGGGUCACUCAGAGGAGCCCAACAAAAAAGUAAAGACCGAACGAUGUGCUUCUCCUCUCGCAUCGGAGCGCCAGGUGAUUCAGUGUCUCCGCAAACACCCGGUGAAAGAGGAAACUCACACGCGCGCAUCUCCAACGCACAAAGCACUUUACGCAUCUGUCGUCACGCCGACGGCCUCUAGAAUCGUUACUCCCGCCUCUUUGUACUCAUUGGCUCGUUCGACCGCCAUACAAGCCGCCUCGUUCUCACUGGACAGCUCCUCUCAGUCUCCUCUCUCCGACUGCGAAGAGGUGAAAGAGAACAGCUAUUUGAGUGGGCGGGACGACGGCUCGGCCAAUCGCUGGCCGGCAGAGCAGACGGACUGCCGGAGCGACCAAUCGAAAGAGAGCAGGGGGGAGGAGGAAGCACCGCAGGAUGUAGAGCACACCUACGCGCGGUCCGUACCGCCCAAACUACACGAGAAAAACACACAAACGCAUUUACACAUGCAAACCUGGGAGAAAAACACGGAUCUGGGAUCCGAGCCGAGCGGACGGGACGAUCCAGAACCAGCCAUGAAGAGACGAUGCUUGAGAAUCAGAGACCAGAACAAAUGAGGCCCGGGGUGUAAAUGCAGUGAUGACACGAUCGAGACGAGCGAUGCGGUGUGUGAACGUACAGAGGACACCCAUCCAGACGCAGCAGCAGAGCAUCAUGGGAGUCACAGAUCCAGCGCAUGUGAUCCAAUUAGACCGCAUAUGUGUGUGUGUGUGUGUGUGUGUUUUCCUGCUGAGCUCCUACAAAGCCAGGCAUUGUUCCUCACUGCCAGUGUGUGUGUGUGUGUGUGUGUGUGUGUUCAGCUGUGGUUUAGGAUUACCUGACACACACUGGCUCUUUGGCUACAGGGCAUUUUUAGACUUCUCCGAAAGAGUGCCAAGAGGACAAAUACACACAC